CCCCUGGAAUUUAUUUAAGAUGGGUCAACGGACAUUUCACUAAUCAUUUGUCAUCAUCCUCCUGUGCUCUUUACUGGCAUAAAAGGCUGCUACAUUUGACUGGAACAGAAGCGGAUUUACUCUCUGAUCAGAUUGAAACAGUUUCACACUCACGAGCCAACACAAGAUCACACAGCCAUGAAGAGGUUACAACUGGGCUUCAUUUUCCUGCUCUGUAUCUCCAGUGUCUGUGUGUUUUUGAGGGAACAUGUUUCAAACACCAUCCAGGUCCAGGACACAAGCCCCUGUGCUUGUGAGAAAUGUUUGUCAGAAGAGGACCUGUGGUUUCAGCAGCGUUUCAACAAAUCAGUUGAGCCCUUUUUGUCAGCAAGUGGCAACCUCUCAGAGGAUGUCUUCACAUGGUGGAAGGGCUUACAGGCUGAAAAACGCAACUUCAUUUCCUAUAGCACAGCAGUGGGCAACCUGUUUAAGCUGUUCCCACCCAUUCCAGAUGUUGUAGAACCCAGCCCUGAACGCUGCAGGACUUGUGCUGUGGUGGGGAACUCUGGUAAUUUGAAGGGAUCACAUUAUGGACCUCUGAUAGAUUUCCAUGACAUUAUCAUAAGAAUUAACCAUGCAAGGACCAAAGGCUACGAAGCAGAUGUUGGGAACAGAACAACCCAUCGUGUCAUUUAUCCAGAGAGUGCUGUAGACUUAGACAACACCACUCAUCUUGUGUUGGUUCCAUUUAAAAUACAAGAUAUUGAGUGGCUCACUCAAGCCUUCACUACAGGAUUUACUGGAUCGUCAUAUGUGCCAGUAAAAUCAAGUAUCAAAGCUAACAAGGACUUGGUGAUGGUGGUCAGCCCAGCUUUCAUGAUGUAUGUUCAUCACACAUGGCUGGAAAAAAAGGGCAGGUAUCCAUCCACUGGCUUCAUGGCUUUGGUUCUUGCCUUGCACAUUUGUGAUGAGGUCCAUGUGUUUGGCUUUGGAGCUGACAAAGAGGGAAACUGGAGCCAUUACUGGGAGCUGCUGAGCAACAAAAACUUAAAAACUGGACCACAUCCUGGAACUCAUGAGUAUGAAAUCAUCCAGCAGCUAGCGGAGCAAGAAAAACUCCAGUUUUAUAGAGGGUGGUGAUCUCUCUCAAGCGACAACUUUGCUCUGACUCCCUCCCUAACCGUGCACUAACUCUUAUUAGAGUAGCAGUAGUAGUAGUAGUGUGCAAUG